UUCUAACAAUCUUCAAUCUUCAAGUUCCGUCAAUGUGCCAUUACAGUUCUGGGUUUAAUGGUCUAAGGUCCGAGUGGCGGAUAUUCCAGACCGAUCCAAACCCCGAACUCGCCGUUCUUGAACCUGAUGCACAGCCCGAACACUGUAAAAAUGCUUGAAUGGAUUGUCAAGCUCGCUUGCUUUCUCAUCUAAGGGAUCUAAACUCUUUCUAAUCCACCGCACAUCGGGCUAGCGAUGUUUCUGGACAACUCCGAGCUGUUGCGUUGACCUUUAUUCACAUGGCCACUACUCAUAAUAAAGAGCGCCGAAGCGUCUCCCGCCGGUUUCAUAGGAAAUCCCGGAACAGUUGUCUACCCUGUCGCAGGCGACGCGUUAGAGUAAGCUCCUGGUAUUUUCCUGGUCUCUAGACUGUCACCUACAUGCUUACUAUACCUAGUGUAAUUUGCAGCCGCCUACUUGCUCUAACUGUCAUAGGCGUAAUGACCUAUGCUCUUAUGAACAGCAACAAAACCAAGACUUAAACCAGGCUUUGGUUUCAAGUGUCCCACAUACCACGGAAACCAGAGAGUCCAAUGACGAUGACCUCUUCAAUGGCUACGUUCCUUUGGAAUUUGCAACCUCUCCCAUGCUCAGCGGUCUCCACGAUGUAGACAGUCUACAGUGGAUGUGGCAGGUCACGGUCAUGGAGGAGACGUUUUUCAUCUCUCGGCUAUCGAGCCUUGAGAGAGCGAUGCUUGCUCAAGAGUUUGACCGCCAGGCAAGUUCUUUCAAAUAUGUGCACCGUACAAUCACCGCACUUUACGCGCUUCAUGAGUCUUGUCAGGCGACGUCGCACUCGAAUCUCCGCAGUGCCGCAUAUCGCUAUCAGAUCGAAGCUUCAAUACUGUUCAGAAACUCGCAAGUCGAAGUUAAUGAGGCGAAUUGGCUAGCCAUGAUAAUGUUUGGAAUAGGGGUUAUUGUCUUCCAGUUUGCCACAGCCCAAAAGGCAUCCGAUGAAGACGGUAGCUAUAUGGAGCUACUUUACGUUUUGCGCAACUCCUUCGAACUAGCUGCGGAACUGGGACCUUAUCUGCAUGCGAGCCCACUCAUGCAAUUUACUGGACCUCAGCUAAGUAGGCUUAAGUUACACUUGGAUGAACUCACAUGGAAUGCUAUAUGCUGCCUGGACUCGCUUGAGUAUCCCGCAGAAACCACGGAAGAAACGAGGUGUGCAUGCCUGCACUCCAUUGCAGCACUAAAGAAAUGGGUUAUGCAGGUCGAUGGGCGUCCAAGGAAUUGGUUUCAUUAUAUUAGAUGGCCCGCCGAGAUCUCGGGGCAAUAUCUGUCGUUACUUUCUCAGAAACAUCCCGUAGCCCUCGUCGUUUUCGUCUACUGGUGUUCUAUAAUGCAUCGCUGUCCACGACGUUGGUAUAUGGUCGGCUGGGCUAAACGAGCUGCGGCUACGGCUAUGGGGCACAUUGGAAAACAGUGGGAUCGUGUACUCGAAUUCCCUAGGAAGAUACUAGCGAGCGAAUUUGAGAGCGGCAAUUACCUCGCAUUAGCUCUUGUGAAUACAAGUGGAUGAUACUCGAAAACGACAUUGCCGGAAAUAACGAUUCGGCGUGCGCUCGAUUGUUGUACGUUCGCGCGGUUCCAGAUUUGCUCAGCUACUGAUGGGAUCUUCCUAUUUAUUUUUCUAUUAGGCCAUCUCAGAAGCAAGUCUCGCGGAAUAUUACCUGGUAUCAGACAGUGCACCUGGUAAUGCUUGUAUCCAACAUACUCGGUCCCCAUCCGCGGAAUAACUCUUAUAGGCUAGCGGGGUAUGAUCGUCUCUCACGACUUACACCCAGUUACGAGACUACCAAUAAAA